CUUUUUCUUUGGGGUUUCUUCGUGCUCAGCCAGCCCCUCAGUCAACCCCUGGGAAUUUCUGGUACCUCUUGAUCUCUCUACACUCAGCCAGGAAUCAUGUCUUGGGCUACUCGCCCGCCCUUCCUCCCCCAGCGGCAUGCCGCGGGGCAGUGUGGGCCGGUGGGGGUGCGAAAAGAAAUGCAUUGUGGGGUCGCGUCCCGGUGGCGGCGACGGCGGCCCUGGCUCGAUCCCGCAGCGGCGGCGGCGGCAGCGGGAGAACAACAAACCCCGGAGCCGGAGUCGGAGCCGGAGCUGGGGGAGACUGGACGGGACGGGAUGGGCGACUGCGGGCGGGACUCCCGAAGCCCAGACAGUUCCUCCCAAAAUCCCCUUCCCCAAGGUGCCCCUCCCCAUUCUCCUUCUGGGCCACCUCUACCAUCUUCAGCGACCCAGUCCCUUGGAGGCUCUGGGGCUCCACCCCCAACCCCAAUGCCACCACCCCCGCUGGGCUCCCCCUUCCCAGUCAUCAGCUCUUCCAUGGGGUCCCCUGGUCUGCCCCCUCCAGCUCCCCCAGGAUUUUCCGGUCCUGUCAGCAGUCCUCAGAUUAACUCAACAGUGUCGCUCCCUGGGGGUGGGUCUGGCACCCCUGAAGAUGUGAAGCCACCAGUCUUAGGGGUCCGGGGCCUGCACUGUCCACCUCCUCCAGGUGGCCCUGGAGCUGGCAAACGACUGUGUGCAAUCUGUGGGGACCGAAGCUCAGGCAAACACUAUGGGGUUUACAGUUGCGAGGGUUGCAAAGGCUUCUUCAAGCGUACCAUUCGUAAGGACCUGACCUACUCGUGCCGGGACAACAAGGACUGCACAGUGGACAAGCGCCAGCGGAACCGUUGUCAGUAUUGCCGCUAUCAGAAGUGCUUGGCCACUGGAAUGAAGAGAGAAGCGGUACAGGAGGAGCGUCAGCGGGGGAAGGACAAGGACGGGGAUGGGGAGGGGGCUGGGGGAGCCCCUGAGGAGAUGCCUGUGGACAGGAUCCUGGAGGCAGAGCUUGCUGUGGAGCAGAAGAGUGACCAGGGCGUUGAGGGUCCUGGGGGAACUGGGGGUAGCAGCAGCAGCCCAAAUGACCCUGUGACUAACAUCUGUCAGGCAGCAGACAAACAGCUCUUUACCCUUGUUGAGUGGGCGAAGAGGAUCCCACACUUUUCCUCCUUACCACUGGAUGACCAGGUCAUAUUGCUACGGGCAGGCUGGAACGAGCUCCUCAUUGCCUCCUUCUCCCAUCGAUCCAUCGAUGUCCGAGAUGGCAUCCUCCUUGCCACAGGUCUUCACGUGCACCGCAACUCAGCCCAUUCUGCAGGCGUGGGAGCCAUCUUUGAUCGGUCCCUCUCCAGGGUGCUGACAGAGCUAGUGUCCAAAAUGCGUGACAUGAGGAUGGACAAGACAGAGCUUGGCUGCCUGAGGGCAAUCAUUCUGUUCAAUCCAGAUGCCAAGGGCCUCUCCAACCCCAGUGAGGUGGAGGUCCUCCGGGAAAAAGUGUAUGCAUCCUUGGAGACCUACUGCAAACAGAAGUACCCUGAGCAGCAGGGACGGUUUGCCAAGCUGCUGCUACGUCUUCCUGCCCUCAGGUCCAUUGGCCUUAAGUGUCUAGAGCAUCUGUUUUUCUUCAAGCUCAUUGGUGACACCCCCAUUGACACCUUCCUCAUGGAGAUGCUUGAGGCGCCUCACCAGCUGGCCUGAGCCCAGACACAAAUGCGGUGCUUCCCACACUUGAGGACGACACGUCCAAGACGGACUCCAUGCCUUGGGGCAGGGUGGGGAGGGGCCAUGUUUUUAGAGUCCUGGUGGGGUGAGGACUGUAGGGCAGAAAACUGAGACCUCCGAGGGUCCAUCAGCACUCUAAGGGGGCCCCAGAUCCUUAUGAGGGCUGGACCUCUCCCUUCAGUGGCCUUGAGUCUCUGAAUUUGUCUGGGUCUGCCAUAAUUUGGGGUGAAUUCUCACCCCCUUCCUAGAAUCAUCUUCCCCCAGCACAAGCACUGGCCUUGCUCCCAGGACUUCCCGUCCUUCUCAUCUUGCCUCACUUAGUUCCUCAUCUGGAUACACAGUGCCCCCAGAAGUGGAUAUUUGGGGGCAGGCUCCCCCAAACUGAUGGACAUGGGAGCAGGGCUCUGGCAGGCCUUCCUCUAACCAAGCCUGGCAGAUGGGGGCUACUCUGGAAGAGCAAGGGGGCCCUGUCACUGUCUACUCUGGAGUCACCUCUUACACUUCAUUUCCUUCUGAAGCCAGACUGAAAAACAAGGUGGUGGCGUGGUGGUUAAGGGGCCGGUGGAGAUGCAGGAAUCCGUUUGCUAUUUUUAAUUUCCUCUGAGGAUAGAGACUUACAGUUAGACUCAAAGAAGUACUGUAUUUUUCCCAGGUUGACUAAGAAAUGCCAGUGGUGGAGGUGGUAUUUGGGAAAGGCAGGGCCUCGGGAUGGUAUGUCCCUGGGGCUCUUGAAGCAUUGGCCUUGUGGACCCCCUCCUCCCACCUCUUCCUGUCUAACUUGGGGAAGGGGCCUGGGCUUUUACGGAAGGGUGCUCCCCCAGCCCUGGGCACACACGAUAUAGGCUGGGGACACAGGACUCAGAAUUUAGGGGAGAUGGCUAGCCUACAGAGAUGGGGUGCCGGGGCUGCAUGACUUUUGCCCUGCAGUUUUUCUCUCUGGGUUUCUUUCACACAUAAAAUCGCUUUCAAAUUGGA